AAUGCACAACAACUCUCUUCUUUUAUUUUUUUUUAUCUUCAAACUCAGAGCUCAAACUUUGCUUAUAACUUUAUAAAGUGCAAUCUGUUGGUUGAUGAGGGAAAAAUGAUGUUGCCGGAGUCUCCAUUGAAGAAAACAAUGAUUGACUUUAAGAAACAAGCAUCUUCUUUUAUCCAAGAGAAGUACAACACAGCCAAAUUGGCCCUCACUGAUGUAACAGAAGCCGAAAUACUGGCUGAAGAAGCUACGAGCGGCGAUUCAUGGGGUCCAGAUGCAAAAACCAUGACAAGAAUAUCAGAGGCAGCUUAUGACAACGAUGAAUAUUGGAGAAUUAUUGAUGUCAUACACAGGAGGUUAAGAUAUGUCAAUUAUAAAGAAUGGAGGCAAUCCUAUAAAACCCUGGUUCUUCUUGAGUUUUUGCUUACACAUGGUCCUGAAGAUAUCUUUGAAGAAUUCCAUUGCGAUUCCAGAGUCAUCGGAGAGCUAGGAAAGAUGAAUUAUGUCGAUGAAAGAGGGUUCAAUUGGGGCGCAUGUAUGAAGAAAAAAUCACAGAAAAUACUAAAACUACUAAUGGACGAAGAUUACCUUGCAGAAGAAAGAUCGAAAGCACUCACAAUCUCCAAAGAAAUCCAAGGCUUUGGCAACUUAAUCAUCUCUCCUACCGCAUCAUCACCUUCACCUUCAUCUUCGUCCUCAAGAACUUCAAGAGCUUCAUCCUUUGGCUCUUACAGUACCUGUGACAGUCCCUCAUGGAGUAAGCGCGAAGAACUAAUUAAAUCACCGAAAUCGCUUGGUAAAGAAAUUGAAGGAUUGCAUCUUUGGGAUAAUCCUAUUGAAGAGAACGGGCCUCUGGUUGAAACUAAGAAUGAGGAUGUUAAAGGGAAAUCACCAAUUUGGUCGACGAGAGGACUUUAUACGCGAUUUGCGCAGAAUAGGGGGUAUGCUUUGCGCAGUCUUUCUGAUAUAGGAAGGGUUGUGAAGAAGAAGGUCGAUAGGCAAUUGUCUCUUGGUCGCUGAUUUGAUUCCAUUUUUUUGCCUUUGCAUAUUGUGGUAAUAAUGCAUAAGGUAGUGAAAGAAAUUUUGAGAGAACAUAAUGUGAGCUAUAUAUAGAGGAAUAGUUUGGCCACGUAAUGUUUUUUGUUAUUUGGAAAUAUAAUUGAGUUGGUUUAAUUUGUCUUAGUGUACGUUUAUUGAGGUUUUCAUUGUUUUCUAAAAGAUUCUAACUAGUGCAGUUCAAAGAAAUGAAUCUUG